AUGGAGUUUUCCCUGCUGUAUUUUCUGUGGAUAUUCUCUCCAGUCUUGGCAUCGUUCCCUCGCGACUUUGAACUCGCAUCCUCUCUCAUCCUACCGCGCUCAAACCCCACUAGCAGAGACGGCAACUGUGGUUCUAAUUCCGAGACUAACGCGACAUGCCUCACCUCCACUUUCGGUAACUGCUGCUCUUCCAAAGGGUUCUGCGGCAAGACUUCAGCAUACUGCGCCGAGGGCUGUCAAGAUGCGUUUGGCACCUGCUCGUCAAUGCCUGACGGGCAGCUUGUUAGUACCUCAGGAUCAUGUGGUGCGACUUCCACAAGCAACAUCACAUGUCAAGGGAGCACAUAUGGAGACUGCUGCUCUGCAUUGGGGUACUGUGGCAAGAAUGUGACCUAUUGUGGUGACGGGUGCCAAAGUGAGUUCGGUACUUGUUCAUCCGUUGACGAGGACGAGACCUCCACGACCACCGCAGCAACCGAUAAGACUUCAACCUCGACGGGGGCGUCAUCUACGAGCCUUGGUGCUAUUUCUAUUGACGGAAACUGCGGAUCUAACUCGGAUAUCGACGCUAUCUGCAAAGGCAGCGAGUUUGGUGAUUGUUGUUCAGCAUUGGGGUAUUGCGGCGGGAACUCGAGCUACUGUGGAACGGGCUGCCAAUCCAAAUUCGGUUCCUGCGAUCCGACAACCUCGUCGACAACCUCGUCAACAACCUCGUCCACAGACUCGUCGACAACCUCAUCGACAGACUCGUCGACAGGCUCCCUCAGCACCGGUGCCAAGGCCGGGAUCGCGGUCGGGUCUGUCAUCGGCGGGAUUGGAGCAAUCGGGCUUCUCGCUUGGCUCCUGAUACGAAGGAAGAACAACAAAAAGCCUUCGCUGUCAAAGAUGGAUGAAGCUGCGGGGAUACGUAAUAACGAGGCGAGAUAUGAGAUGCCUGAGCAGAGUCUUGUUGAGUUGCCUGCUGAUUAUGAGAGGGUUGACGAUCGGGCUGCGGCAGGGUAUGAUGGGGCAUACAGGGGACAUUAA